AUGGGAGCCGGUGGGGUAGUCCUCCGGUUUUUCAACCUCGGACUGCGUGUUCUACAGUUCCUUGAUGCUGCCGUCAUUCUCGGCAUUUUCUCGUACUUCCUGGCUGUCUUGACGAGGAAUGACCAAACGAUCGCGACAUGGAUCAAGGCCGUGGAAGGCUUAGCAGGCGCAGCAACCGCCUACAGUCUGCUCGGCGUCAUUUUCACCUGCUGCCUGGGCGGUGUGGCCUUCUUUGCAUUCCUGGGCGUUGCUCUGGACGUGUGCUUUGUGGGCGCGAUGGUCGCCAUCGCGAUCCUUACCCGCAAGGGCGUUGGCCAAUGCACCGGAACAGUAGACACCCCAAUGGGCACGGGCAAUGCUAAUGAUGACACUGCUUCCAAGGGUCUGAAAUUCGGCAUGGCCUGCAAACUGGAGAAGGUCGUUUUCGCAGUGGCGGUUAUCGGGAUUUUCUUCUACUUGACCUCCAUCCUUUUCCAAAUCCUUCUCGCCCGUCACCACAAGCGCGAGAAGCGUUUCGGUCCCUCCCCCACUAACGGCUACACCCACGGUAGCCGCAAGGCCUUCUGGCGCCGCAACAAGAACAACCCCGAGGCCCCCGUCGGCGGCGCCGAUGCCCUGCCCGGCCACCCAACCCCCUAUGAGGUCGAGAUGGGCGGCGAGCCUAAGACCGAGAAGGGAUGGUUCGGCUCUUGGGGCAAGAACAAGAACACCGUUAAUGCCCCGGCUGCUACCCCGGCUGCUGGUAGCUAUGGCUACGGUAACUCGGCGUACACUGGCAACAUCUAG